AUGGAGAAUGUAGUGCGGCACGCGCACGUGCACGACGUGCAGGAGGUGCUGAGGGCCCUGGAGGUGGACCCCACGAAGGGGUUAUCGAAGAGCCAGCUAGCCAAAAGGAAGGAAAAAUACGGGCUGAACGAAUUGGAAGUAGAAACGAAAAAAGGAAUCCUCGAGUUGAUCCUGAACCAGUUUGAUGACCUCCUAGUGAAGAUCCUUCUUCUCGCAGCGUUCAUAAGUUUCGCCCUAACUUUGCUGGACAUGCAAAGUCAUGAAGUUGCCAUCUGUGAUUUCAUUGAACCGCUCGUCAUAGUAAUGAUCCUAAUUCUGAAUGCUGCAGUGGGAGUGUGGCAGGAGUGCAACGCAGAGAAAUCGUUGGAUGCGCUGAAGCAGUUACAGCCGACCAAAGCCAAAGUGUUAAGAGAUGGAAAGUGGGAAAUCAUAGACAGUAAGCACCUAACCAUAGGUGAUAUUAUCGAGCUAAGUGUAGGAAACAAGACUCCAGCAGAUGCCAGGAUUAUUCAAAUAUUUUCCACCAGCAUUAAAGUGGAGCAAAGUAUGCUAACAGGGGAAUCUUGUUCUGUCGAUAAAUAUGCAGAGAAGUUAGAUCCUAGUCAUAAGAAUUGCGAAAUCCAACUGAAGAAAAAUAUUUUGUUCUCUUCCACUGCGAUUGUAGCAGGUAGAUGUAUUGCCGUCGUAACGAAUAUUGGUAUGAAUACAGAAAUCGGACAGAUACAACACGCCGUUAUGGAAUCCACCAAUGAAGAUACAGACACUCCUCUGCAAAUUAAAAUUGACUCCUUUGGAAGACAACUCUCCAAAAUUAUCUUUGUUAUAUGUGUAACUGUAUGGGUCAUAAACUUCAAACAUUUCUCAGACCCCAUCCAUGGGUCGUUCCUUUACGGCUGUCUGUAUUAUUUCAAAAUUAGUGUUGCGCUGGCCGUGGCUGCUAUUCCGGAGGGUCUGCCUGCCGUUAUCACGACGUGCUUAGCAUUAGGCACCAGGAGAAUGGUUAAGAAAAACGCCAUCGUAAGAAAACUGCAAAGUGUAGAAACGUUGGGUUGUACUACUGUUAUCUGCUCAGACAAAACGGGAACACUGACCACCAACCAGAUGACCGCAACGGUAUUCCACUUGUUUAAAGAGACAACCACUUUGAAGGAGUACCAGCUGUGCCAAAAGGGCGAAACGUUCUUUUUUUACGAAUCUUGCUUAGAGGAAAAUGGACAAGACAAUGAUUCCUUCUUCAACAAACUGAAGCGGGAGGAGCACUUAUCCGGUGGGAAGGCGGACCAAACGUCUUACCAAGGAUCUGCCACGGUCACCUCCAGGGGUAAUCACACCCACGGCAGCAAGCACCCCCCCUACGGUGGACAAAGCGACAGUGAAAAGUAUGAGGAGUACCCAUCAGAUGCCGAAACGGAGAAGUCCCUCGAGCAUAUGCCCACCAACGUUAACACCAUCAUCAGCCGGGGCAGCAAAAUUUUGGAGGACAAAAUUAAAAAGUACGCCUACUCAGAGUACGACUACAACUUCUACAUGUGCAUGGUGAAUUGUAACGAAGCCAACAUUUUCUGCAACGACGGGAACGAAAUUGUGAAGGUUUUUGGAGACAGCACGGAGUUGGCCCUCCUCCACUUUGUUCACAACUUUGAUAUAAAGCCUAGUUCGGUAAAAAAUAAUGCCAUGCCGGCUGAAUACGAAAGGGCCUCUGUCAAGGGUAAAGGUAAAAAGGGACAACAGGAAAAAGCAAACCCACCAAGUGGGGCAAACAAGACGGACGAAUUAACCGGCGAAAUGAACAACAGGGAGGAAAGCAAGUCCUACCCAAGUGAGUGCAUAUCCGCAUGGAGAAAUGAAUGCCAACUAAUUAAAAUAAUAGAGUUCACCAGGGAGAGGAAGCUAAUGAGUGUCAUCGUGGAAAAUAAAAAAAAAGACUUCAUUCUAUAUUGCAAAGGAGCACCAGAAAAUAUAAUAAAGAAUUGUAACUACUAUUUGGUUAAGAAUGAAGUGAAGCCACUCACAGAGGAAUUGAAAAAUGUGAUAUGCAAUCAAGUGAAGGGUAUGGGAAAGAGAGCCUUACGCACGUUAAGUUUCGCAUAUAGGAAGUUGAAAAAGUCAGAUUUAAAUGUUUCCAACGCGGAAGAAUAUUUCAAACUGGAGAAAGACAUGAUCUACCUAGGAGGGCUCGGUAUAAUUGACCCCCCAAGAAAGUAUGUUGGAAGAGCCAUUAACCUGUGCCAUUUGGCUGGAAUUAGAGUCUUUAUGAUAACAGGGGAUAAUAUGGAUACAGCGAAAGCCAUCGCGAAGGAGAUUAACAUUCUUCACGAUUAUGACAUGGAUGACGAGCUGGACCAGCAGAACGCCAAAUCGUCCAAGGGGGGAAACAACUCUAAAAAAUUAAAAUGUUGCUAUAGUGGAAGAGAGUUCGAAGAUUUUCCACUCGAAGUACAGAAGGACAUUUUAAAAAAUAAACAGCGCAUCGUUUUCUGUAGAACGGAACCAAAGCAUAAAAAGCAAAUUGUGAAAAUAUUGAAGGAUUUGGGAGAAACGGUUGCCAUGACAGGAGAUGGAGUGAAUGACGCUCCUGCUUUGAAAUCGGCAGAUAUAGGAAUUUCCAUGGGAAUAAACGGAACUGAAGUAGCGAAAGAAGCAUCCGAUAUUGUUUUGGCUGACGAUAAUUUCAACACCAUUGUGGAGGCAAUCAAGGAAGGCAGAUGCAUUUACAACAAUAUGAAGGCUUUUAUCCGUUAUCUCAUUAGUAGUAACAUUGGAGAGGUGGCCUCCAUUUUUAUUACUGCUUUGCUAGGCAUCCCAGACAGCCUUGCUCCGGUGCAGCUUCUCUGGGUUAACUUGGUCACCGACGGGUUGCCCGCCACGGCGUUGGGAUUCAACCCGCCCGAACACGACGUCAUGAAGUGCAAGCCCAGACACAAAAACGACAAUCUGAUAAACGGCCUGACUCUGCUCAGGUACAUCAUCAUAGGAACCUACGUCGGAGCGGCUACGGUUUCCAUCUUCGUCUAUUGGUACCUCUUUUACCCGGACUCGGAUGGUCAUACGCUAGUGAAUUUCUACCAACUGUCUCACUACAACCAAUGCAAGGCCUGGGGCAACUUCCGCGUCAAGCCGGUCUACGGCAUGUCAGAGGACCCCUGUUCCUACUUCUCUACGGGCAAGGUCAAGGCAAGCACCCUCUCCCUCUCCGUGCUGGUCCUCAUCGAGAUGUUCAACGCGCUGAAUGCGCUCAGCGAGUACAACUCCCUGUUUAAGAUCCCCCCCUGGAGAAACAUGUACCUCGUGCUGGCCACCAUCGGCUCGCUGCUGCUUCACUGCAUGAUUUUGUACAUCCCCCCCCUUGCUAAAAUUUUCGGUGUUGUCCCACUCACGCCAUACGACUGGUUCCUAGUCUUCCUGUGGUCCUUCCCCGUCAUUAUCAUUGAUGAAGUUAUUAAGUUCUACGCGAAGAGGCAGCUUAACAAAGGACUGUCGUCCAAGCAGAAGCUCGAGUGA